CUAAUCUUUCUAUAAAGGAGAAACUUCUCAAGAAUAUUUUUGUCACAGGAUUAAAUCCCAAAAACCAGCUGGUAGCAGAAGAAUGCGGAAAAUAUCUUCUAUUAGAAGGUUUAGUAAAAUUGCUGACUAUGAAUGAAAUACGUGCCAAGCAUGAUCUACCACCGCCAUAUCACCCAUGA